CAGGUAAGAUAUCUGCCCAGAAUUUGGAAUUCCCUCAAAUACUGCCCAUCUCCAGUUACUGAAAUCAAAGAGCUGCUGACCUCACAUUUCAGCUUUCAGCCAGUACUUUUUAACCUGGACUCCUUUCCUCAUUAUUACCCACAACCCACUGGAUUUCAGCUUUCUUUUUAAACUCAUUAUAAUCAGAUGAUGAGUUUAUUUGCUGCCUUUACUUAUGGCCCCAAACCAAAUAAAAGUCUACAUAGUUACAGCCCGUGUAUCUAAAUCACACCGUUUAGCUUUUGUGAUGUUUCUCUAAUUUGAUUUGACCUAUUGAUCACAGGACCAAAAAAUCCAAAAACCAAGGACCAAAACCGUUCUUCCCACAAGAAGCAGUCAAACAAACUGUCUUGUCUGUCAAGUGUCUCAUCCUGUAAAAGCCACCUCCAUCCUCAAAUUGUUUUUAAACCUCUGGACCUGGGCCAGUCCCGGAGCUUUAGGUCAGGUGGAUCACUAUCCUUCACCUUGCAUGAGGUCAGACAGGUAACGAACCUGCAUUGUGUUUUUUGAAUCAGUUGUUUUGGAGGUGCUUAUGAAAAGAUAUUUAAAUACUUAAAUACAUACAUACUUAAAUAAUACAUUUUCACUUCCAGUCUAAUGCUUGGGAUCCACUGCCUUCAGAGAGCCUGAGAAAGUCCAUAAUCGGAUGGAGCUAGACCACAUAAAGACCACAGAGUGGACCAUGUGGGAGAUGGGAUGAGAAUGCUCUACUCAUCUUAACCUUUACUCAGGCAAGGCUAAUCCUCACAAAGUUUAAAGAGUAGGCUGUUCAAAGAUCAAACAUCCUAAUCAGAAAAGAUCUGCUUGAAUUCUCAGCAGCUCCAUAGUGUGAUUCCAUAGAUGUUUGUAGAUGAAUACAUUGCUUUGUGAUGGUCCGUUAUGGUGAGUGGGAAACACUCCCUACUUACUGUACGUCUUGCUACACGCCCUGACCCGGUAAAAGAUGAAACCUUUUCAUCCACUAAAGAGGCUUAAGUGCUUUGCUGACACUAUGAUCCAUUUACAACAUAAGAUAUUUAAUAUUUAUUUAUUGUCUACAACUAACUGGAUAUGGUAGAUUAGUGAACAGUAGAUUAACUGCUCGAUUCCUUGUCUGUAGCCUGUCAGUCGUUUGCUGUUUCAGACAAAUCGCACCCAGAUCAACAUCUUGUGUUUACAAUGAACUCACUGAUUUGACCUCCCGCCCCCCAAAGCAUACGUUUCACGGCAGCUUGAGACCGUUGGUAAAGGAUAAGCUGAAAUGAUCAGAGGUUUAUUGUAGUGAAUUAAUCGACAUUAGCACAGAGUUACUGCCUUUUAUCACAUUACAUAUAUAGGAGAUGUAAUGUGUAAAUGUUUAUGCCUCCCUGCAAUGUUCUUGUGUAUGAGGCAUCAGUAUCAGGUAGUAACUUUGUCUCAAUCAGUUGAUAGUGUUAUAUGUGAACACUGCUUUAUUUCCAAGAAGUUGUUUAGAUAACUCAAAUUUUUUAAUAUCAUACUUUAAAUCGAUGUGGAAACAUGUGGUUAGCAGUGUUGCCUCACAGCCAGACAGACCUGGGCUCAAAUCCCCUGUUGUGGUGCCAGGAUCCAGUUGAGUGUUUUCUCCCACUGCACAAAGACACCCAGUUAGGAUUAGGGUUAAUUGGUGACUCUGAAUUAACCGAAUGUGUGACUUGUCUUUAUGCGCUGCUCCUGUGAUCAGCUGCUAACUCUGACUCCUUGAUAAAUCAAACGAAACCACAAAAGAGAAGAGAAGGGCACUGUAGGUCAGAGCCAUGGUUACGUCACUAUUCUUCUCAAUAAUGUUUAUUGGGGAUAAUUCAAAAUAUAUGAUAAACCUAGCAAACCUUGCUAUCCAGAAAUGACUGGCAGAUUUUUUUUAAUUUUACUAUUUCCAUAGAAUGCUCUCCACCUUUUUGUUUUUAAUUUUUCCAUUAUUUAAUACAUCACAACUGAACAUGUGGGACCACUGUUACAGACUUUGGAACACCGAGAACAAAUAUAAAGGGCUACAAAGCCUCUUAGGCCAGAGCCCGCUUACGAUUCCCUUUCCGUGCACAGCAUCCUUGAAUAGACCACACAAAGAUCCUUAAGCCAAAAUCCCUCCCUGGUAUUUAAUUCUAAAUGAGUAAUUACUGGGUGUGUCAGUGUGUCUUAGGUUUGCAGGUAGGCUGGGUGAAGAAGCUCAUUUGCACACUGGCUUCAAAGCAAAUUGCAUUCACACAGAUACACACAUUCAGAGAGCCAGAGCAGUGAUUGUAGAGGGAAUCCUCAGGCAACCACUGAAGAACCCAGUCAUUUAGGGGGGACAGGCCACUCACAGCUGCCAAGAUGUGUGACAUGGGGGCAUUGGACAACCUGGUGGCCAACACGGCCUACCUAAAAGCCCAGGGCGGUGAUGACAAGGAGAUGAAAAAGCGCCGUCGCAGCCUGUCUCUCCCCAAACCCGAGCAGUGUGCUGCAAUGCGAUCUUCCAUCGAGAAGGACUUUACAAUGCUUUGCGAGAGGCAGCCUAUUGGCAAAAAACUUUUCCGUCAGUUCCUGGAAAACACGGCCGAAUUUAAGCUUGCUGCCGAAUUCCUGGAUGAUCUGUAUGACUGGGAUCUGGCUGAAGGUGCAGCGAAAGACAAGGCACGGCAAAACAUCAUCAACACGUACUGCAAGGCCGACUCCAAGAACUUCCUGAACUUUCUCACCGGAGAGGCUGCUGACAAAUGCAAGUCUGUGACAGACGCCACCUUUGACGAGGUGAUGAAAAACAAAGUCCAGGAUGGUGUAAGAGAAUUUCUCAAAGGGAAACCCUUCACAGAUUAUCAGGCCAGUCCAUUGUUUGAUAAAUUCCUCCAGUGGAAAGAAUACGAGAAACAACCCAUUUCUGACAAGUACUUCUAUGAGUUCAGAACUUUGGGAAAAGGAGGAUUUGGAGAGGUAUGUGCUGUUCAGGUGAAGAACACGGGCCAGAUGUACGCCUGCAAGAAGCUGUGUAAAAAGCGGCUGAAGAAGAAGGGUGGUCAGAAGAUGGCCCUGCUGGAGAAGAAGAUCCUGGAGAAGGUCAACAGCCUGUUUCUGGUCAACCUGGCCUACGCCUACGACAACAAGAGCCACCUGUGCCUUGUCAUGACCCUGAUGAACGGAGGAGACCUCAAGUAUCACAUUUACAACAUAGGAUAUGACGGCAAGGGCGCAGACAAGGGCAUCGAGAUGAAGCGCAUCAUUCACUACACGGCACAGAUUGCCACCGGCCUUCUGCAUCUGCAUGACAUGGAUAUCGUGUACCGUGACAUGAAGCCAGAGAACGUGUUGUUGGACAGCCAAGGCCAGUGCCGACUUUCAGAUUUGGGUCUGGCCAUAGAGAUUCCCGUUGGAAAGACUGUCACCCAGAUGGCUGGUACUGGAGCGUAUAUGGCCCCCGAGCUCCUGAAUAAGACCCCGUACAGGACAUCGGUGGACUGGUGGGCCCUGGGCUGCAGCAUCUACGAGAUGGUGGCCGGCUACACGCCUUUCAAAGGGCCCGAGGUCAAGAAGGAGAAGGUGGAGAAAGAGGAGGUGCAGCGUCGCAUUCUCAACGACGAGCCCAAGUGGGAGCACCGGUGCUUUGACGCUGUGACCAAGGACAUCAUCCAGCAGUUCCUCAAGAAGAAAAUGGAGGAGCGCCUGGGCGUGAAGAACAACCUGGAGGACCCGAGGAAACACGAGUGGUUCAAGACCAUCAACUUCCCCCGUCUGGAGGCGGGGCUUGUGGACCCCCCAUGGACACCCAAGCCCAACGUUGUCUACGCCAAGGACACGGGCGACAUUGCAGAGUUCUCCGACGUCAAGGGCAUUGAGUUUGACGCCAAGGACGAAAAAUACUUCAAGGAGUUCAGCACAGGGGCUGUGCCCAUUCAGUGGCAGCAGGAGAUGAUUGACACUGGACUGUUUGACGAGCUCAGUGACCCCAACAGGAAGGAGGGUGCUGGAGAUGACGACAAGAAGUCCGGCACAUGUAUAAUGCUGUGAAUCGCUAGGUUUGAUAUUAUACACCAUUAACAUCAGUCUGUACUUUGCUUAUUUCUCAGAGAGCUGAUCCCUAAUACUGACAUAAAGGAUGAAUAAUAUGUUAGGACGGAUGGGAGCAAAUGUGGGUGAGAACUCGAGGUUGAAGUGAAUACGUUAUUCCUCUGUUGAAGGGAUGAUGAUGGUGCUGGUGGAAGGUUCGGUAAGAUACGGACGGAGCGAUGAUGCAUCAUCUCUCAGGUACACAGCUUCUCUUGCAGGUACGAUUAUCUAAAGCUGUAGAGGAGGAGUAAUUUUUACUGCGUCGCCAUUAAGGAGCGUAGCGUUAGACGAGUAAGUGAAAGGCACAGGCGCCUGAAAUAAUAAGUAAUGAGAAACCACGUUUAAAUCUCGGGAUUUAAACCGUGUACAUUUUAUCUUUGCUGUAGAAUGAGCAGCAUAAGUGACAUCAUAGCAUCUAGGUUUCAGCUCAAAAGAAACUACAAACACGUGAAAAUGUUAACGAUCUACUUAAAAGUCACUCUUAGUAUUUAUAAGGUAAUUUCAGGGCAUUUCCCGACCGGCCAUGUUCUUUAUUGGUUUCUACAAUGAAAAGUGCUUUUUACAACAUGUGGAGAGAGAGAGUAGCUGUAGCAUGUGACCCUGAACCUCAUAUUUAAGGCCGGUCACUUACCUUCAGACGGUUUUCCUUCCUGCGGACACUUUAGUUUUAUAUCAAUUAAAGCCAUUUGUUGUACAUAAAGAAAUAAUUGUACAGAGAGAGGAAGAUGAUGUAAUGUAAGUUUUAGAGGAAUGGUCUUCUCCUCACUGCUGUUCAUGGAUCCCCUCCGCGGUCGGUGUUAGGAGGCUCUUCUUAGUCUAGAGGUGGGGCCCUGAAUCCCUGUCAGAUGAGUGUGGAGGCUGCCAUGAAACUGUAAUUGUAAAUAGUCUGAAAGAAUGGAAAUAACCUCAGUGGUGUGGUCCUCAGAGCAAAAGUCCUCUUAUUCUAAUGGAUUGGUUGUAUUUGACUCGCACAGUUUGGACAGAGUUUCAUUAUUACUAUUACCAUGACAUAAAUACAUAUUACACGUGUUUGUAAAAAUAAAAUCCAACAAAUUACUAUAGAAAUGUCAAAUUAAAAGCAGAACUGUCCUUGAAAUUUGAAUCCUUUGACUCUAUUAAACCAUGUCUUUUAGAACGUC